GAGGGGGCGCCGGGAGGGGCCGCGGGGUGGGACGGUCCGGUCCGGGCUGGGCGCUCACUGUCACAUCUGCCAUUGCAGGGUUGGAUUCGGACUCGGCCCCGCGAGUACCAGAGAUGGCGAAGAACAUGAGAGGCACCGUGACAGCCUUCUCUCCUUUUGAUGCCAGAGCUGAUGCAGAAGCUCUUCGUAAGGCUAUGAAGGGACUGGGGACUGAUGAAGAAACUGUUCUGAAGAUCCUUACCACCAGAAACAAUGCUCAGCGUCAGGAGAUUGCAUCUGCCUUUAAAACCUUAUUUGGCAGGGAUCUUGUAGAUGACCUGAAAUCUGAACUCACCGGCAAAUUUGAAACACUGAUGGUAUCUCUGAUGAGACCAGCAUACAUUUUUGACGCUCAUGCACUGAAGCAUGCCAUCAAGGGAGCAGGAACCAAUGAGAAAGUGUUGACUGAAAUUCUCGCCUCCAGAACACCUGAAGAAGUGCAGAAUAUUAAACAGGUUUAUCUGCAAGAGUAUGAGGCCAACCUGGAGGAUAAGAUCACAGGAGAAACGUCAGGCUAUUUUCAGAGACUGCUGGUGGUCCUGCUGCAGGCAAAUAGAGAUCCUGAUGGCAGCAUCAAUGAAAGUCUGGUUGAGCAGGAUGCUCAGGUUUUGUUUAGAGCUGGGGAGCUGAAAUGGGGAACAGAUGAAGAAAAAUUCAUCACCAUCUUGGGAACCCGAAGCGUUUCUCAUUUAAGGAGGGUGUUUGACAAAUACAUGACUAUUAGCGGCUUUCAAAUUGAAGAGACCAUUGACCGUGAAACCUCUGGUGAUUUGGAGAAGCUGCUCUUGGCAGUUGUGAAAUGCAUCCGAAGUGUACCUGCCUAUUUUGCUGAGACUCUGUAUUAUUCCAUGAAGGGGGCUGGCACUGAUGAUGAUACCUUGAUCAGAGUCAUGGUUUCGAGGAGUGAAAUUGAUCUGUUGGAUAUUAGACAAGAAUUGAGAAAGAAUUUUGCAAAAUCACUGUAUCAAAUGAUUCAGAAAGAUACAUCUGGGGACUACAGGAAAGCGCUCCUGCUCCUUUGUGGUGGAGAUGAUGACUAAUGGUGGCAGUAACAUGAAGGAUUUGUUGUACUCCAGCUUUGCAGCCCUUCAGUUAGCAUGUUUAGCUACAUUUUUGUAUCUCAGUGCUUUCUGGCUGUUUGAAUUUAUACUAGUAUUGCACUUACUAAAAAUGAGGGUAUUGUUACCAAAGUGAUAGCUGAUCCCUCCUGCUCCUGACAUCCCAACUUCAAGGAAUUUAAGUGGCUUCCGUGAUAUGCGAGAGUCAUGUUCAUGGAAGAUGGGUAGUGAGCACAGAACCUGGUUCUUUGCAAGUAUUCUGCUGAAAUAAGAAAAAAAAAAUCAUGUAUUUCACUAACAAUUUGAAGAUUAUCUUUUUUGCUUUAGUUCCUUACAUUUCCACUGAAUGUUAAGCUAGCUCUAACAUUGCCAAUGAAGAGAAGAUAUGUUUGUAUGUAAUAUUUGAAUGAAUUUGCUCAACAUAAUGCAAACAAUCAUUGGAAAUCCAGAGGACCAAUAAAUUUUUUCCCUCUUGGCA